AUACUCUUGCGCCUCUAUGUGCUUGCUCGUAUAAAAGUGUUGAAGCAGUGCUUUCUCGCAUCUAUCUUCCUACUCGCACGCAAGUAAGUAUCCCUCCGCGCCUCCAUUUUCCGCCCCCCAUCUCCUCAUACACUCUCUGACAACCACGCAUCAACAUGCAACUACUCCGACUCUCUCCUCUCAUCGUAGCUGCGGCUCUCGCCGUGGCUACGUCUCCUGCCGAGGCUCAAGGCAACCCCAUCACGAGCAUCACCAACGUAGCGUCCAUCCCUCAAGCCGCUCUCAACUACAUUGCGGACCAGACGGGCAUCAACCUUUUGGCACAAAAGGUGCACUCUGAUGCGGAGGCCGUCGAUGGAGCGGUACGAGGCGCGAUGCCCAAAGAAGUAAAGUCGGGCGCCAAGCGUCUACAAAAGCUUCCUGGCCGCCUUCAAAAGAAGGGAGGCGACGCCAAGUCGCAAGUGGAAAGCUUUGGCAAGGAGGCCAACUCUCGCAUCACCAAUCUGGUCAAGGAUGCUCAAAAAGACUUGACGGGCAAGCAGAAAGCCGUAGCUGCGGAGCCCAACCCUGAACCUAGACCCGCUACCAAUGUGGCUGCUGCUCAGCCCAACGGUAACGGUGGAAAUUCCGGAAGUGGAGACAUCAUCCAGGCCUCUGGACCGUGCAGCCAGGGCAAGGCUCAGUGCUGCGACCAAACGCUGAGCGGAGACAAGGCCGACACGCUCAUCUCCGCCUUGGGCGUACAGCAGGUGCUGGGCGACGUGGGUAUCAACUGCGUAAACCUGCCCAUCAACGUCAUUGGCGGUGCCGCUUCCCUGACCAACACGUGCAAGAACACGCCAGUAUGCUGCCAAAAUGUCACCCAGAAUGGCCUGAUCAACCUCGGCUGCUCUGCCCUUCCCAUCAACUAGUACCCGCCUCUCACUCUCGGCGAUCGAGUCACAAGCUCACUGUGCCUCCCGAGGGACGCUUCGCCACAUCUUUACUCCCCACCACCCCUCCUCCCACACUGC